AAAAAAGGGAGCGCUCACCUGUCUGUUUGUGAACGGCGCAGCCAUCGUCAGACGACUCAGGACGCAUUUCCUUGACAACGGUUAUUGAGUCACACCAGCAUGGUGCCAUCCCAAGUGUGACCUCACACAAAACUGAGCGUGGUGACCACAACCUCUUGGACACUCGAGCAGGCGGGCAAACCAGAGGCUGACGGGAUACAGAGACAACCUUGUUAUUUUAGUGAGCUCCUCAGUGAGACUGAUGGAAAAAAAAUCACAGACGGAUCUGACUUCCUUUGAGAUGACAUCAUAACAACUCGGCAGAUGACAAACUGUCAGGAUCGGCAUCAUGGAAGGCCGCCACCCUCUUCCGUCACCAUCCGGCUCCAGCCUCUCCCUGACCGAAGAAUCUUUUUUAGAGGCCGUCGUGUGCGGCAACGUUCCCGAAGUGAAGCGAUUGCUGGAUGAGCUACCGGACGUUAACAUCAGUAGUGUUAAUUUCACGGGCCAGAACGCUUUGCAACUGGCUGUGGCCAACGAGCGUUUGGAGAUCACCAAAUUGCUCCUGGAGAGGAAAGAGCUGACCAGGAUGGGCGACGCGUUGCUCUUAGCCAUCCGGAAAGGUUACGUGCACAUCGCCGAGGCCAUCCUGAGCCAUCGGGCCUUUGCGGACAUUCAGAGCUUGACGUCCAGCCCCAGUCAGGUGGACGUACAUCGAGACCUCUUUGCUUAUGACGAGAACGGUAGUCUUUUCUCCAAUGACAUCACACCCAUCAUCCUGGCCUCCCAGUGCCAAGACUACGAGAUGGUGCGCUUGCUUCUCGCCAGGGGGGCCCGUAUCCAGCGGCCCCAUGACUACUUCUGCUGGUGCGGCGCCUGCAGCCGGCAGCAGGCCGACGACUCCUUCAGACACUCGCGGUCCCGCAUCGACGCCUACAAAGGUCUCGCCAGUCCGGCCUACUUAUCGCUUUCAAAUGAAGACCCCGUGAUGGCGGCGCUGGAGCUGAGCCACGAGCUGGCAGUCUUGGCGAGCACCGAGAUGGAGUUCAAGAACGACUAUAAGAUCCUGUCCAUGCAGUGCAAAGACUUCAUGGUGGGGCUCUUGGACUUGUGCCAGAACACGGAGGAAGUGGAGGCUAUCUUGCACGGUGACUCGCUCGAGAGUGCGCAAAAUCUGGCCAGGUUAAAACUUGCCAUCAAGUAUGAAGUUAAGAAGUUUGUGGCUCAUCCCAAUUGCCAGCAACAGCUACUCUCCAUCUGGUAUCAGAACGUUUCCGGACUACGUCAACGGACUCUGGCAGUUAAGAUUCUCCUGGUCCUCGGGGUCGCGGUUGGCUUGCCCUUUCUAGCCAUCGUGUCCUGGAUUGCACCAUCCAGUAAGUUAGGCAAGCUGAUGCGUGGCCCUUUCCUGAAGUUUGUGGCCCACGCCGCCUCCUUUGUGACAUUCCUGUGCCUCCUGGUCCUGAACACAGCUGACCGCUUCAACGGUCCACCGCUUAUGCCCAACGUGACAGUCCAGGAUCGGCCCUCGCAGCUCUUCCGCAUGAAGAUAACGCCCUUCACCUGGAUGGAGAUUCUCAUCAUGUCUUGGGUGCUAGGGAAAAUGUGGCAAGAAUGCAAUAACAUUUGGUCACAGGACAUCAGAGAAUAUAUCUCAGAGCCGUGGAACCUUCUGGACUUCAACAUUUUGGCCGUCUUCACCAGCUCGUUCAUUGCACGGCUGAUGGCGUUCUGGCAUGCGUACGCCGCUCAGCGCUACGUGGACCAGCACCACGCAAACCUGUCCUGCGCCUCCUUGCCCGCGGACGUUCAGUAUUUUCAGCUCGCCCGAGUCAAGUGGCUUCCUUCCGAUCCACAGCUCAUUUCCGAGGGCCUGUACGCCAUUGCAGUGGUGCUCAGCUUCUGCCGCAUCGCUUAUGUGCUGCCAGCCAACGAGAGCUUUGGUCCGUUGCAGAUCUCGCUUGGUAGGACGGUGAAGGACAUCUUCAAGUUCCUGGUGACUUUCAUCACCGUCUUUGUGGCGUUCAUGUUUGGGAUGUUCAACCUGUACUCAUACUACCUCGGAGUCAAGCACAACGACGCUUUCACCACGCUGGAGGAAAGCUUCAAAACGCUUUUCUGGGCCAUCUUUGGCCUGUCAGAAGUGAAGUCGGUGGUGAUCAGUAUCGACCACAAAUUCAUCGAAAACAUCGGCUACAUCCUGUACGGCGUCUACAACGUCAUAAUGGUGAUCGUCUUGCUGAACAUGCUCAUCGCCAUGUUCAAUAGCUCCUAUCAGGAGAUUGAGCGUGACGCUGACGUGGAGUGGAAGUUCGCCCGAGCCAAAUUGUGGUUUUCGUAUUUCGAUCAAGGCACUUCGCUGCCCGUCCCCUUCAACCUGCUCCCAAGUCUCAGCCCAAUUGCUUCAUUCUUUCGGGGACUCAAAGGAUGUCUGUGGGAAGCAGCUCGAGGAAAUGUCCGAGAGAAUAUUCAGGGAGAUGAAAUGGAGCGAAACAAGUUAAAUCAAAAAGAAGACUCCGGAGUGGACGCCUGUGCUUGUCCAACACCUUAUCAAAAGAUUAUGAACCGCCUCGUCAAGAGGCACAUCCUGAAAGCGCAGCGGGACAAAGAAAACGACGGGGUGAAUGAAGGCGAACUGAACGAGAUCAAGCGGGACAUCUCCAGCCUCCGCUUCGAGUUGCUGGGAAUGGGCAAGCGGGAAGUGAGGACCCUGGCCGAGCUCGUCAGGCAGCUGAGACAAAUGACGCAAGGACACCAUGCGUCUCAUUAGCUUGCAUGCAAGGAUACGUUCCAAGUCAGGGUACACUACUGUACAUCUUGAAUAUGCUCUGUGUUUGAUUGUGAUGCUGUCAGAUAGGUUGUGGCUUGCAAUGUUCUACUAUUCCACAGUUUCCACAUAAUAAUCAGGAAACGGGUAAAUAGCAAUAUGCAACACGUCAUUUCUAGAAAUUUCUGCCAGGAAUUUGUAAAUAACCGCUUGGGCAACAUUCCUAGGAAAUCAUAAUGCCCCAUCGCUGGCGACCUAUUUUUAGAACAGGCCCGCGAGAUACUCAUGUGGUCCUUUGCGGGGCUACCUGGUGCUCGUGGGCACCGCAGUGGUGACCCCUGCAUUGAAACAAUGUUUUUAUUUGAUUAAAUGAUG